AUGCGAGGCCUCGGGGCCGCCGCCGCCGCCGCCAGGCGCCACACGCACCUCCCAUCCUCCUACGCCGCCGCUUUCUCCUCCUUCUCCGGCAUCGGCGGUGGCGCUGGACGUGGGCGCGGGCGCGGCCUACCGCCCUCUGGGACGGCCCGCGUUCCGGGGAGCCCCAUCCCCGACGACAACGACGACGGCGAAGGCGCGGAUCUCUUCUCCGCGGCCGCGUCUGCUGGACGGGGACGCGGGGGUGCCGUGGCCCCGCCUUCCCCCACCAUCCCGUCCUUCCCGUCGUUCUCUGGCGCUGGCCGCGGUCGUGGAUCGCCUCUGCCCCCGCCCCCGCCGCCGCCGCCCUGCGAAGAUGCCCCCAAGCAGCCGGCCUUCACCGAGCGCUUCGACGCCGCCCCUCCCCGCUCCGAUCCGGAGCCGCCAACCCCCGUGGCCUCGUCCUCCGAGCGCCCGCGUUCGCCGCCUACCACUGGCGCCGGCCGCGGCGUGCCGCGUGUAACGCAACCGGUGGAUAGGGCCCCCGAGGAGAACCGCUUCAUUCGACGUCGCGAGGAGAAGAAAGCCCCGUCGUCCCCUUCGGCUCUAAGCGGACAGCCGAAAUUGGCGCCAGAGGACGCCGUGAAGCGUGCUUUGGAGCUCCUCGGCGGCGGCGGCGGCGGCGCACGCGGCAGAGGAGGGGGGCGCAGGGGCCGCGGACGUGGGCGCGAUGGUGGCCGCCGCUCUGUUCCUGGGGACGAUCGGUACAUGGUCUACUUGGGAGAUAACACUGACGGCGAGAAGCUCCAGACCCGGCUUGGUGAAGAUAAAAUGAAGAUUCUAGACCAAGCGUUCGAUGAGGCGGCGGAGGAAGCACUGCCAGACCCAAUGGAGAAUGCGUACCUCGACGCUGUUCACACCAAUAACAUGAUUGAGUUUGAGCCAGAGUACCAUGUGAAUUUUGGUAAUCCUGAUAUUGAGGAGAAACCGCCAAUGUCAUUGGAGGAGAUGCUGCAGAAGGUGAAACCAUUCAUAAUUGCCUAUGAAGGCAUCAAGAACCAGGAAGAAUGGGAGGAAGCUGUGAAAGAUGUCAUGGAAAGGGCACCGCAUAUGAAAGAGCUGAUAGAUAUGUACAGUGGACCUGAUGUUGUAGCUGCAAAACAGCAAGAAGAGGAGCUGCAAAGAGUUGCGAACACUCUUCCAGAAAGCAUACCCUCUUCAGUAAAGCGGUUUACUGAUAAAACUUUACUCUCUCUUAAGAAUAAUCCUGGCUGGGGUUUCGACAAGAAAUGUCAAUUCAUGGACAAGUUUGUCCGUGAAGUUUCAGAACAAUACAAGUAAACAAGCCUUCUGAUUCGGACGAAAUUCGGUCAUGAUGGCAUGUGACAUGGUUCUAGCCGUUCGAGUAGCCGCCACCGAACCCAUCGACGGAGCCAUUCGUGUGGACACCGCGUAUGCCGGGCCGAAGUGGGUUCACCGGUGAGGGCAGCGUCUCCCCAUUCUGGAGAUUCGAGGGGCUUAAACAGAAAAGGUCCAUAACCAAAAAUUGUGAACAGCCCCCUCACAUGGCGGCCAGGUCCACGACACAUGCCAGCGUGGCCGAAUUUCAUCUGAUUUUGGCCAUUUGGACUAAAAUGAACUAAGCUGCCAAGUUUAGUGAGUCAUUUGAACAGUUUUCAAGUUAAUGGAUGAAACUGAACAUUGCUGCCAAGUUCAUGGACCUGCAGUGUAAUUUCCUCA